AUGGGGAGUCCAGUGUUGAUAUGGCGAGUUCGGAUAAACAUCCGCCAGGCUAUUCUUUAUGCCGCCGUCGUCGGCAUCGUCGUCGGCAUAUUCGAAGUCAAGAAGCCAACAAGUAUGCCUGCAGGGCAAGUAGGAAGAAAUGAGCACCUGGGAAGCGCUAAGCGAAGGAAGCGGGUCAGUUCUGCGAUCCUUCUGAUGUUGACUGAGCAGCUUCAAAAUUGCGGGGUUCGCGAGCGCCAUGUCCUCGUCGUCGCCGCCGGCUUUGUGACGAUGUUCUUGACUUGCGGCAUCAUUUUCUCCUACGGAGUAUACCAGGCUAUCUACCAGGAACUCGCUGGAGAACCUGAAACACCAUUCACAGGGGCAUCCUCGUCGGUCAUCAGUUUGAUCGGAACACUCGCCAUCGCACUAAUGUCCAUGGGCGGGCCCUUCGCCACAGCAUGGUCGAAGCUCUACGGCCCGCAACCUGUCAUUGCGGCCGGGGGGAUGAUCUUCGGUCUUGGCUGUAUCCUGGCUAGCUUGAGCGAAUAUGUCUGGGAAUUCGCAUUGACUCAUGGCUUGCUGGUGGGGAUUGGAACCUGUUUGGCGUAUGUGCCCACUAUGUCUGUCGCACCUACUUGGUUUAACAAGCGUCGGGGGCUGGCGAUGGGGAUCGUUAUCUCCGGUUCUGCCUGCGGAGGCAUGGUGUGGCCACCGGUGCUUAGAGCGAUCACUGCCAGUAUUGGAUUCCGCAAUGCUCUCCGGAUCUCCGGGUGUCUAACAGCUGGGCUGACGAAGAAGACUGGUUGGACGAAGGUGCCUUUGAUCAAUUGGAACAUUGCCAAGUCGAAGAAGUUUGCCGGGCAAGCUUUGGGCUGCUUUAUACAGUCUGCAGGCUAUUCGACGCCACUGUUCUUCUAUGCUGCCUUUGCUCAGUCUCUGGGAUAUAGCAAAAGUCAAGCGGACACCUUCAUUACAAUCAGCAAUGCCGCCAAUUUUGUGUCGCGGAUUGUGAUCGGAUACGCAGCUGAUAAGCUUGGGCGAUUGAACAUGUUGUUUUUUACCACUGUGGUGAGCGCCUUCUCCGUUUUUGCAUUCUGGCUUCCCUCCACAUUUGUCGACAAGACUGUCACGUCUCUUGCAUCGGAGGUACUUUUCAUCUUUUUUGCGAUUCUCUAUGGGUGCUUUGGCUCUGCUUAUAUCUCACUUUUCCCGGCCAGCUUGGUCGAGCUGUUCGGUGUGCAACACUACACUUCCGUGAAUGGUGCGUUGUAUUUCAUUCGAGGUGCCGGUGCUUUGUUAGGAACACCAUUGACAGGAUUGCUGUUAAGUGGCCAGUCCGCAUUAGAGUCCCCAUACAACUAUGAGAGGGUGGCAAUCACUGUUGGCGUACUGCUGUCCGUUGCAAGUCUAGCCACGCUGUGGGUGCGGAUCGAAGCUUCUUCUGGCAAGCAAUGGGCGUGGAAAAUGUAG